CAUCUCCCUGUCAGUGGCAGCAACAUUAGCAGUGCCGAGGCGGUGGCAGCACUGAGAGAGAGAGAGAGCGAGGGGGAGAGAGAGAGGAAGGCAACACACAGACUCCGCCUAACUUUACCACGGUCCAACAUCACCGAGCCCGUGUCCGGUGGCGCGAGGGCAUCACAGCUCAAAGCCAAUCCAUCCAGAGGGUCCCUCGGCUUUGCUUGUCUCUUGGCGUGGAGAUGGGCUUCCCGUAAAACCGGCGGUGGUGGAGGGGAGAGGCGGGCCGGCGGGGGUGGGGGGAAGAAGCGAGAGACUUGAGAGUGAGGAGGUGGAGAAAAAAAGCCGAGGAGGACGAGAAACAAAAGCACAAACGUGGGUGCCUGCAACAACCAUGAGCAGCGGCGGCUUGCCCUAUUCACCAGAGCUGCUGCUCUACCCGUGGACGAUGUCGUGAGGUGUGGCUCGCAACGCUAAGCAGCAGGGAUUCAGUCAGUCGAAACGACAGUAGCAAGCCAAGGAAGGGUGCUGCUGGUGGAAAAGAUGUCGUCCGCCUCCGUGGGGCCCCAGGGCGGCCCUCGCCCACCCACUGCGCCGCCGACCGUCCCCGAACUGCCGGACCUCAGCCAUCUCACCGAGGAGGAGAGGAAAAUAAUCAUGGCCGUGAUGGAUCGGCAGAAGGAGGAAGAGGAGAAAGAGGAAGCCGUGUUAAAGACGCUGCACCAGCAGUUUGAGAGUUACAAGGAGCAGGUGCGUCGCAUCGGCGUGGAGACGCGGCGCCAGCAGCAGGGCCAGCACAAGGACGACGCCCCCACCUGCGGCAUCUGCCGCAAGACCAAGUUCGCCGACGGCUGCGGACACCACUGCUCCUACUGCCAGACCAGAUUCUGUGCCCGCUGCGGCGGACGCGUCUCCCUGCGCUCCAACAACGUAAUGUGGGUAUGCAACCUGUGCCGUAAGCAACAGGAGAUCCUCACCAAAUCGGGAGAAUGGUUUUCAGGGCCGGGGGCGAGGCAGAUGAGCCUGGAUGGCGGCCUGAACGCCCCGCCCACGGGGGGUGACAACCAACGGGGGGACAGGAAGCUACUCCGCUCCAGGUCCCAGGCCCCGCCCCCUUCCAGCGGUAACGCAGGGGCGGCGCCUGACGGAACGCAUCAGCCGCCAACGGUCCAGGCCAAGGGAGCGUUGGACACCAUGCCGGCGUCACGCGCUCGGAGCGAACCAUCACGAGACAAGAAAAGACCUCUGUCCCUCCAUGAGCAGAACGGUAAGCCCGGUGGUCUGGGUCGUGGUAGAGGAGGCCGGGGACCCCAAGGGAAGCUUCAGACCGUGGCCUCCCAGGAGGAGUUCUGUGGUCCCGGGGAGAUAGACUGGCGGGACGGCCGGCACCUGGAGAAGGUCCGCUCCCAUGACUACCCCGACGGCGGCGACCAAGGAAAUCGCCCCGACCUCCGGAGACGCCCCCCGGAGGAGGAUGAGCUGGAGCGCAAGCGGCGCCAGGAGGAGGAGUUCCAGACGCGUUACCGCAGCGACCCCAACCUGGCGCGCUACCCGGUCAAGCCGCAGAAGGAGGAGCAGGAGAUGCGCAUGCACGCCAAGGUGUCGAAGGUGCGCCACGAGCGGCGCCACAGCAACAACGCCAUCAAUGAGGUGGGGCUGGAGGGCGGGGGAGGAGGGGGAGGGAACAUGGGAGAUGUGCCUGAGAAUCGUCUCCGGAGGGGCGGCGGUGGAGGUGGUGGAGAACCGGAUCGCAAGGCAUCCUUGGAGAACCACCGCGCCUACUCCAUGGACAGGACCGUGGGGGGUGGUGGGGGUGGCGGAAUGGGGCAGGGACCCCAGGGAGGUCCCCCCCUCCUCAAACAGAACCAGAACCACGGACCCCUUCAACCAUCUGGUGGUGGCUCACGAACGGGCCCCAAUCCUGGUGCUCCUCACCCCCACCAAGGACCCCCCCCUCCAGCAGGCUGGGACCCCCCUAAGGGACCCCACCCCAGCCAGCUGGACCCCAAUUCCCAGGCAGCCAUGAUGCACAAGGCUAGGAGGGAGAAGCCCGGGGACAACCUGCUGCGGAAGGACUCCCAGAGCUCGGACCAGUCGGAGUCGCUGCGGCCGCCCCCACCCAGGCCCUACAAGAGUAAACGGGGCGUCAACAAGAGGCAGAUGUCUAUCAGCAGCUCAGAGGAGGAGGGCGCCUCCACACCCGAGUACACCAGCUGUGAGGACGUGGACAUGGAGAGCGUCAGUGAGAAAGGGGAUUGGGACUGCCAUCCUCUGGAUCCUGCUAUGUGGCAUCAUCCAGUGACAUGGCAGCCGUCCAAGGAGGGCGACCACUUAAUCGGACGCAUCACUCUGAGCAAAAGGUCGGCCGUGCCCCGCGAGGCAGGCUCCUUACUAGGGUUAAAGGUUGUGGGUGGGAAGAUGACAGAGACAGGGAGACUGGGGGCCUUCAUCACCAAAGUCAAGAAAGGAAGUCUGGCGGACAUUGUUGGCCACCUACGAGCUGGUGAUGAGGUACUGCAGUGGAACGGGAAGUCGUUGCCGGGAGCAACCAAGAAGGAAGUGUACAACAUCAUUCUGGAAUCCAAGGCGGAGCCUCAAGUGGAAAUAGUUGUCUCAAGGCCUAUUGGAUCUAUCCACCGCAUCAUUUCCAAUAACUUCUUGAGAAAGGUGUAUAGAGUGUAUCAAGACAUACCAAGAAUUCCAGAAACAUCACAUCCUCCUUUAGAAUCGACAGGCUCCAGUUCCUUUGAGUCUCAGAAGAUGGAGCGUCCCUCCAUAUCGGUCAUGUCCCCCACUAGCCCUGCUACCCUCAGAGCCCUCCCCGUCAUCCUGCCUGGACAGCUCUCUGUAAAGCUGUGGUAUGACAAAGUGGGCCAUCAACUGAACGUCAACGUCCUUCAAGCCAUAGACCUGCCCCCCCGACCGGACGGGCGACCCAGGAACCCCUACGUCAAGAUGUACUUCCUGCCUGACCGAAGUGAUAAGAGCAAGCGCAGGACCAAGACGGUAAAGAAGAGCGCUGGGCCCAAGUGGAACCAGACGUUCCUGUACUCCCACGUCCACCGCAGGGACUUCAGAGAACGCAUGCUGGAGAUCACUGUCUGGGACCAACCUAGAAUACAGGAGGAGGAGAGUGACUUCCUGGGAGAGAUCCUGAUAGAGCUGGAGACUGCCCUGCUGGACGACGUUCCUCACUGGUAUAAACUCCAGACCCACGACGUGUCCUCUCUACCUCUGCCCCAGCCAUCCCCUUACCUCCCGCGCAGACACGCCUCUCACGACAGCCCCAGCAAGAAACUACAGAGGUCCCAUCGCAUCAUUGACACAGAGUUUGAUGAUACAGGUAUAGCGGUAGUAUCUGAAGGUGCAGAGCGUAACUCGAGGGAGAGGGAGAGGAACAGCACCCUGACUGUCCCAGAGCAGCAGAGACUGGCCCAGCACCGCUCCAGAUCUGUGUCCCCUCACCGCGAGGACAUAACAAGGGCCCGCUCCCGCCCUGCACACGUCCCCAUGCAGAGGAGUCUGGAUGAGAUCCAUCAGAACCGCCACCACUCCUGCUCCCCCUCUCGUUACCAUGACUCCCACGGGGAGCACCGCUCCGGGGACUCGGACUACGAGUACUCCGAGGACAGUGAGGUCCUCGAGAUGCACAGGUCUAUCCGAGGCGGGAGUGCCGAGUGCCUGCACACAAACAGUGAUCUGCAGCCCAGUCUGGACCGGGUGAGGAGUGCCAGCACCACCUGCCUCAGACCUGACACCAACCUCCACUCUCCUGAUAGAGACAGAUGCUCCAACUCUCUGCCCCGCAGACAGCCUGCAGGCCCCAGGAUUUUAGUAGAGCAGGCCUCCCCAGAGGAAGAAAGGCAGUCAGGGAGCCUGGGUAGACCUGACAGUCAGAGAGGUAACAGCAAGAAAGGCCUGGAGGCUGACAGUCGUAUCCAGCCCACCUCUAUACUGAGGGGCAGUAGGGGGAGAGGGGGACCGCUGCGCCCCUUUAACCAGACACCCCUGGGGGGAUCUGCCCCUAACUCACCACGACAGGACAGAACACACACCCACAGCCCCUCCCCUCCUACGGGGACUCCCCAGUCAGGUCGCAGGGGCAGACAGCUGCCACAGGUUCCUGCCAGAAGCAGCAGUGUAGAGCAAGCUCUAGCAGUAGAGGAGCGAGCCAGACAGAUGAACAUGAAAGUACAUUCCUACCGGCCUUCAGGCUCCCAUGACCCCGAGACGAACCUCAAGACCAAACGAGAGAUGUAUGCGGAUCAGCGGCGGAGCUCUGACAACGUGUCGGCCCGCUCGUCAGACAGCGACAUGAGUGACGCGUCGGCCCUAUCCCGCGCCAGCAGUGCCUCACGCCUCAGCAGCACCUCCUACAUGUCCAUCCAAUCAGAACGCCCGCGCGGGAGGCUCAGGUCCAAGUCUUUAGAGGACGAGAAGAAGGAGAGGAGGAUCUCGUGGGGGAUGAAUGGAGAGCAGGAGAGGAUGAGGGCAGCAGGGAAGAGACGGUUCUCUCAAGAGCUGAAGAGGAGGAGACACACUGUGUCUGGGGACCCCAAAGACGCCAGUCGGCAGGUUCGUGCGGCGCCGGGCCGGACCAUGCUGAAGAGCACAAGCGUGAGCGGUGAGAUCUACGCGUCAGAGCGCACCGACGGCAGCCAAUCGGAUACGGCGCUGGGCACGGUGGGCAUGGGUGGCAAGAAGAGACGCUCCAGCCUCAGUGCCAGGGUGGUCUCCAUCGUCUCCAACAGACGUAGUCGCAGCACGUCGCAGAUCGUCGGCCCGGAGGGGAAGGGGAAGAAGGAGAAGGGUGCGUCCAUCCAGAGGAGCACAGAGACGGGCAUGGCUGUAGAGAUGACCAGGAACAUGAGUCGACAGUCCAGUAAAGAGUCCACCAACGGCACCAUGAACAGCUGCAACUCCGAGGGAAAUCUGCUUUUCGGUGGGGUGCGUCUGGGACAGCCAGGCAACCAGUUCAGCGACUUCCUGGAUGGUCUGGGUCCCGCCCAGCUGGUGGGCAGACAAACGCUGGCCACACCUGCCAUAGGUGAUAUUCAGAUCGGAAUGAUGGACAAGAAGGGUCAGCUGGAGGUGGAGGUGAUCAGAGCUCGGGGCCUUGUACAAAAGCCUGGAUCCAAAUCCCUCCCUGCUCCAUACGUCAAGGUCUAUCUGUUGAAUAAUGGAGCGUAUGUAGCCAAAAAGAAAACCAAGAUUGCACGGAAAACGCUGGACCCGCUGUACCAGCAAGCGCUGCAAUUCGAGGAGAGCCCACAGGGUAAAGUCUUACAGGUGAUCGUCUGGGGAGACUACGGACGAAUGGACCACAAAAGCUUCAUGGGAGUUGCACAAAUCCUAUUGGAGGAACUAGACUUAACAAGCACAGUGAUUGGCUGGUACAAGUUGUUCCCACCCUCCUCCUUAGUGGACCCCACACUAGCCUCCCUGACUCGACGUGCUUCCCAGUCGUCACUGGACAGCUCCUCGGGCCCACCGGGCACCCGAUCUUAGUGGACCAAUAGGACUACAGCUACCAAAUCUCAAUGGACCAAUGGGACUAUGGCUAGCCUACCGCUUUGUGAAACGAAUUAACGUCACCUUAGAGAUUAACGGACAAAAAUGAUUCUAGAACAACAACAAUCAAGAAACAGAGUCACAAUGAUUAACAAAAAAGCUUUGUUGAGAUCUGACAAUCACUCCUGGCAUCGUUUCAUCUCUUUGUUUGUUUUAGAGAGCAUUAGAUUUCAGUGUUUCAUUCCAGUAAUGAAUUCGUCAUCGUUUUUUUGCGGUUGUAAUCUAAGAACUAGGGCUGUGGGUAAUAAACAAUGUUCGGAAGCUAGGUAAGGCUGUACUGGAGUCGAGCGGUAAGGAGACACUCGAUUCAUUGAAGAAACUAAGUAGAAAUGUAAAUGUGAAAGGAAGCAGGGUGGUAGUUUUUAGUCAAACCAUCAAUAAACAAAUAAAUGUAUGUUAGCAUCAGAAUGUAUGGACCCAAGACAGAGGUGUCAUCCUCCUUGUCUCUCAGGGGACCAUUAUGUCCUCUCCGUAGUGGUCCCCAUCCGGCCCCCAAACAGACUGCCAGCACUUCGGCCCCCAGGGCAGAGUGCUUCUGAGUGGGGUCGGUCCGGGCAUGCAGGGGUCUCCUUCUGGUGCCUAGACUUUGUGGAUUCACAUUACUGGUCCUUCUUUGUCAAAAUAUCAUUUUUUUGUUUUCAAUAUGUUUACCAUGGCUGGUCCAAGCCGCUCUCUCGUUUUUUGUCUUUGGUACGUUUGACUUUUUUUUCUCAGUUUGUUACUUAUGGCACAACAAUGUUUUUAUGAUGAGUAUGAGGUUUACGAUGCGUUGUCUGAUGUAUGCAUGGAGAAGAAUAAAAUGACACAAAGAAAAAAUACGAAAUAGAGAAAAAAAAGUGUCUGCAAUGAGAUGCAGGGGACUGUUCAGUGACACAUCUUAAAUGACGAUUUUUACACUUGACGGUGAGAUUAGUGUGGGAUUACAAUGUUGUUUUCUUCGUUUCGUCACCUACACAAAGUCCAACCCAGUUGUCUUUGUAUAGAUGUAUAUUAGACCUCCAAGGAGGUUGACCAAUAAAUAGAAUUAUACAUUUCAUUUUGGACUAUCA